AUCGUCAUCUGCUGCGUAGCGGUGCACAUGAAGCGGAUAACGCUGUACCGUUUCCUUUCUAGCGGAUUGACAUUCUGCAAAAUUUACGGAUAGCUGUCACUUACAACGCCGGGACACAUCAACAGUUUCAUGCAUGCGGUCAUAUUAUUAUUCAGUAACCUCCUCCUUAACCUGUGAGUAGCCUUUUGCCCUGGACCCCUUUGUGUCCAAACUGCUGAACUCCUCGAAGAUUUGCGUGCCACGCGCAGCUCCACUCAACCCUAAACAUUUGGCCAUGAUGGACCAGCUCUAAUGUCAUUAUAAUGGCCUAUAAGCUUUUGUCUCGCAAACUGGAUCAGUCUGUUGUAAGUUUAUUAUAAAAAAGAUCUCUCUCAGUCGCGCGCCAGCCUGCUUUACGCACAACGAUGAGCUCGGAGAAGCCAAACUUUCUGUCACAGCCCGUCGUGAAGAACAUUUUCAUGUUCCGAAACGGUGAUCCUCACUACGACGCUCGCCGGAUUGUGAUAAAUCAAAAGAGGGUGUCCAACUUUGAGACUUUGCUGAGAGAGGUGACCGGCGGGAUACAAGCCCCAUUUGGAGCGGUGAGAAACAUCUACACACCGAGAGGAGGCCACAAGGUGGACUGCUUGGAGAGCCUGCAGAGCGGGGAGCAGUACGUCGCUGCUGGGAGGGAGAGAUUCAAACGGCUGGAUUACCUACAGAUUGGAUUGAGAAGGAAGAGGAGGAUGCAGACUCUUCCAGUGCAGGCCAAACCACUGCCACAGAAUCGAAUUAUUGUGUCAGCUCGAUUCCUGAAACCCAUCAAGGAGCCAUGUACAAUAUUUGUGGUAGCAAAUGGCGAUGUCUUGAACCCCGCCAUGAGGCUGUUGAUCCAUCAGAGGAUGCUUGGCCAGUUUGACAGAAUACUAGAGUUGAUCACCGAGAAGAUGGGUAUGAAAGUCCUGGGGGGUGUUCGAAGUCUCUACACCUAUGAAGGCCACCAGGUGACUGAUGGGAAUCAGCUGGAGAACGGUCAGCUUUAUGUGGCUCUGGGAAGAGAAAGGUUUAAGAAGCUGCCCUAUAGUGACCUACUCUUCACCAAACCCAGAGGGACAAGGAGGGUCAAUGGAAUGAAAGCUUACUCUCUACCGCCUAUCUACAGAUUCUCCAAGCAAAAUGGAAAUAGUAAUUCUAUGGUCCGAUCCAGUGAUAGUGGAGAUGGAGACUCCAAGGCCUCUCCUCCAGGCCACAAUGGCAACAACAGGGAACAUCUGUCCUCCAUCGUCAGAGAGAUCUCUCAGGCCAGACUCAUCUCCCUCAGGAAGAAGAGGAGUGGACAAAGCAUUACCCUCGGCAUCUCCGACAAUGAUGACGUGGAAUCAAAGGCUGAUGAUGGAAACAAUGAAGACAAAACCCCUCAAGACCAGUCGGCUGAAGAGAAACCUGCAGAUGAUACACAAGAAGAGAAUGAUGAAAAGCCAGGAGAGAAGGAGGAGGCUGCUGUUGAAAACACCACAGAAGAAGACACUUCAGCUAGCAAAGACGAAAAGAAUGAAAACAAGGAGACAAAUGGUGAAAAAGAAGGAGGGGAAGAUAAGAAGGAAAAUGAUGAGUUAAAUGAUGAAAAAGAGAGGGAGACAACAGCAGGAUCUGAGGAGAAGGAGCAGGCGGUAGAAGAAGAGGCGAAGGAGGAGGUCACAGAUGAGAGUAAGGAGGAGGUUAAGAGUGAGGAGCAGGGGUCCAGCAGUAGCAACGGUAAUAAGACCCAGGACAGUAAAGAGAAAGAGGAUGGAAGCCAUACAUCUUCUGAGGGUGAAAAGGAUGAGAAAGACAAAAAUAUAGAAGAAGAGAAGCAAGACAAAGACAGUGAAAAAGGGGAGAAUAGCAGUAAGGACGAAGUUAAUGAUGUAGACAAUGGGGAGGAACAGAAAGAGACAGAAAACAGCGAUGACCCGCAGAAGACUCAGUCAGAUAACGAGACAAAAGAGAACAAUAACGGCAGAAGUAGCAGUAGCAACAGUAACCAGGAAGAAGAUGUGAGCAAAACAACAGAUGGAGCUACCAAAGAGUCAGGAGAAGAGGAGAGAAGGGUGAAUGGAGAGGUCAGUGGAGAAGAUGAUGAGGUGGAAAGUGAAGCAGAGCUGGACAUGGAGGAGAACCAUUCAGCCAGUAGCGAAGAUGCCACAGCAAAUGGAGAGAAAGGGGAGGAUGAUGAUAAAGACAAUCAAGAUAAAAGCAGGAAAGAGGAGGAUUAGGAAAGAAAGUGAGAAACAGAAAGUUACUGGAUGGGCAGUGCUGAAAAUAGUAAGCAAUAGUUUACAAUACAAUCUAAAAAUAAUGAAGGUGGCAGAGCAAAUUCACAGAGAGCAAAGCAAGAGAUAAUCUGGACUGAAAAUAAACCAGUGUCUCAAUGUUGAGCAAGUAAUGGAACUUUGAAUGGCUGACUGCUAAAUUAUUUCAUAAGCAUCAAAAUUUCAGGUAUGUAUUAAAAAGCUAUUUAUCAAAACAUUAUUCAUAACUAUCAUGUCUAAAACAUACAAAACAAAUAAAAGCUAUAGUAAUAUAUUCUUAUUUUUCAUUAAGGCAUACUGUUUCCUCUUGGGCUGCUUUAUUGUUUCAGUAUGUACUGUCUGUGAGCACUGCAGUGAGUAAUGCUGGAAAACUGAAAUGUAGUUACAGUCAUGCGUUAAAUGUUUAAAAAAAAUAUGUUUAUUUUUAACAGGUAUGAUUAUACUAGCUGCUUGUUUUUAUAGAUGGUUUUUGUAUGUAUGGUAUUUUUGUCUAUUUCCCAAAGCAAGUGAUACAAAUUAACUUUUUAAGUAAGUAUAAUAAGCUAUGUGUAAUACUGUAAGCAUACUGUAUGUGUCUGAAUGUUCAGCUAAAUCAUAUAAUAAUGAAUAUAGUUUGAAAGUAUUCUCUGUUAAGCUAUUCCAAAUCAUAAUGAUUCAUUAUGUAGUCACUAUGUCUUAUGUCUUAUCUUUCUUCUACCAGGAAAUAAAAGAAAAAUUACAGUUAGGUACUUUUAAAAGAUGCUUUAAUUAAACAUACUUUGCUCCCA